AUGUCUUCGCCUUGGUUGUGGAAGCCUGGUCACCCAUUCAUUGACCUGGAGCAGCCCCACACUUCGCGUGUCUGGCAUCGCGCUAUAUGGCCAGGCGAACUCACUCUCGCGAUCGGGAAGAUCGUCAAUCCGGGGUUAAUGGACAUCCUUAUCUCCUGUAUUAUCAACCCAUCAAUGUCUUCCCGGAUUACUGCUGAAGCUGAACGACGCGCGACUCGUAGGCUACGGUGGCAGCACCCGGCGAUCGCUCUCAAUGUCACGUUUCCACCUAUGACGGGCUUGGAGGAUUUCAAACCCUUCGAAGGAACGUUCACAUACGAAGCUCCCAUAACGGAGGAAGACGUAAACAACUGGCUAGGAGAAGUCGUUCACGACGGUAUGGAGUAUGCUGCACGUGGUAGCGUGCGGGAGGUGAUAGAAACAGUGAGAGAAAGGGUAGGUGCAGUGGACAAAACCCGGUCCAAAUGGCUGCUCGAGGUGUAUUAUAUACAUCCCGAGAAUGCAGUGGAGCACGCUGUGGUUCUGCAUGUCUCCCAUGUCCUAUUCGACGGUAUCGGCGCUUUCCAGGUUCUUACCCUGUGGCUGCAUCAACUCGCUUAUGUUCUCAGCCACGAGGACGAGGUUCUCCAUUGGGGGGAGGAACACGAUCGGCUUCCUCCGGCGAUGCCUGAUAGGAUGGCGAUACCGUGGACGCCAGAGCCAGUUCCCGCGGACCAUAUCAUGGUACAGAAGAUUGUCAGUGCAUUGAAACGCCCCCCACCCAAUGUGAAACUCCCCGUGCUCAACCCAGAUGCUCAGCCAUCGCUCAGUGGCCAUCUAACGAAGACGUUCCCCCCAGAGUUCGCGGAGAAGAUCCGACUCGCCGCUCGCGCACAUGGGUGCAGCAUCCUCAGCACAGUCUUCGCAGCGAACUACCUUACCCUCCUGCAUCUGCUUCCCCGCAAGCAGAUUCCUGAUGAAGAACUCUUCGUUCACAUCUACCCUGCUGGAGCCGACCUCCGCAGCCGAUACCUUCUCGGCGGCCCAGAAAGGCAAAAGGACGUCCAGAACUGGGAGAUCGGUCUCACCCUCGGCGGGAACGUCAUCGGCGCAUAUCAUCUUGAGCGUUUUCUGGACUCGAACAAGUUGAAGGACGUGUGGACAGUCGCCAGAGAAGUGCAGGCCCAGAUGCUGGAGCAGCAGCCGUAUCAAGCUACUGCGGCACAGUGGGUUCCAGCUAUCAUCGCUGCGAUGAUCCAUAAGCACGCGACGGAUUUUGAGCCGGAGAGUCCAGACCAUCGGUCUGUGAACGUCUCCUCCCUGGGACUGGUCGAUCAGCACCUAUCGAAGACCUAUGGCCCUUCCUCCUCACCCGUAUUUACGAUCUCCGAGCCACUCAUGUCCUCUAUCGGACCCACUCUCACUCCGGACGGCGUUGGCGUGCUCCUCGCCCCAUACACAUGGGACGGUAUCUUCAGACUCUCCUUCAACUACGCCACGGCGUAUAUGGGCACAGAGAAGGAGCAGACUGAGGCGGAGAAGGAGGGAAAGGUCACCCUCAGAAGGUAUGUGGAAGAGUUGGUGAGGUUGUUGGAACGGCUCGCGGAAGAUCGGGUGCCGGAGAUGCCUAAGCCAAAACUUUAG